AUGGAGAGGAAAGUGGCAGUCCACGAGGCUGGGGUUCCUGUGAUCUCCUGGGUCCCUGAGGAAGGAGAGACCACGGAACAAGAAAGCGAGGACCGGGCGAAGGACCGGGGCCAAUGGACCAACAAGAUGGAGUUCGUGCUGUCCGUGGCUGGGGAGAUCAUCGGCCUAGGCAACGUCUGGAGGUUUCCUUACCUCUGCUACAAGAAUGGAGGUGGCGCCUUCUUCGUCCCCUACUUCAUCUUCUUCUUCAGCUGCGGCAUCCCCGUGUUCUUCCUGGAGGUGUCCCUGGGCCAGCACACCAGCCAAGGGAGCGUCACAGCCUGGAGGAAGAUCUGCCCCCUCUUCCAGGGCAUCGGCCUGGCGUCUGUGGUCAUCGAGUCUUACCUGAACAUUUACUACAUCAUCAUCCUCGCCUGGGCCCUCUUCUAUCUGUUCAGCUCCUUCACCUCCCAGCUGCCCUGGACCAGCUGCUCCAAUGCCUGGAACACAGAGCUCUGCGUGAACUUCCUGAACCACUCCGCAGCCGUCACGCACUCCGAGAACUUCACCUCGCCCGUCAUAGAAUUCUGGGAGAGACGCGUCCUGGGCAUCACCUCCGGCCUCCACGAGCUGGGGGCCCUGCGCUGGGAGCUGGCGCUGUGUCUCCUGCUCGCCUGGAUCAUCUGCUACUUCUGUAUCUGGAAGGGGAUCAAGUCCACGGGCAAGGUGACCACUGGCACUUGGCCAUAUAUCCUUUUUGUUGUUCUUUAACUAAAUCCUGUACCCAGGGGUGGGCUGGUGCGCACGCCAGCGGCCUGGGCUCCCUUCCGACCCUCCUACCACAUCCGUGGGCAUCUCACGCAGGUGUGGAUGGAUGCCGGCACCCAGAUCUUCUUCUCCUUUGCCAUCGGCCAGGGGUGUCUGACAGCACUGGGCAGCUACAACAAGUACCACAACAACUGCUACAGGGACUCCAUCGCCCUCUGCUUCCUGAACAGCGCCACCAGCUUUGUGGCGGGCUUUGUCGUCUUCUCCAUCCUGGGCUUCAUGUCCCAAGAACAAGGGGUGCCCAUUUCCGAGGUGGCCGAGUCAGGUCCCGGGCUGGCCUUCAUCGCCUUCCCCAAGGCCGUGACCAUGAUGCCGCUGUCACAGCUCUGGUCCUGCCUUUUCUUCCUCAUGCUCAUAUUUCUCGGGCUGGACAGCCAGUUCGUGUGCAUGGAGUGUCUGGUGACCGCCUUCCUGGACAUGUUCCCCGGGCAGCUGCGCAGGCGCGGCCGCCGUGAGCUCCUUAUCCUGGCCAUCGCCGUCCUGUGCUACCUGGUUGGGCUCCUGCUGGUCACCGAGGGCGGCAUGUACAUCUUCCAGCUGUUUGACUAUUACGCGUGCAGCGGCAUCUGCCUGCUCUUCCUCUCUGUGUUUGAAGUGAUCUGUAUUGGCUGGGUGUACGGGGCCGACCGUUUCUAUGACAACAUGGAGGACAUGAUCGGCUACCGGCCGUGGCCCCUGGUGAAGAUCUCCUGGCUCUUCCUGACACCGGGACUCUGCCUGGCCAUCUUCCUCUUCUCCCUGAGCAAGUUCACGCCUCUGACCUACAACAAGGUGUACGUGUACCCACCCUGGGGCUACGCCAUCGGCUGGCUGCUGGCCCUCUCCUCCAUGGCUUGCGUUCCUCUCUGCGCCGUCAUCAACCUGCUACGGGCCCGGGGCUCCUUCACCGAGCGCCUCCGGCAGCUAGUCACGCCCGACCCCAGCCUGCCCCAGCCCCGGCCGCGCCCCAGCACAGAGGGGGGCCUGGCCCAGGAGGGCAGGCCCCCCACCGCCAAGGAGGGCCUUGUGGCUCAGAAGGAGACGCACUUGUAGCAGGCGGCUCUGGACCAGGCCCCCUGGGAGACAGCGUCUGCUGAGACCUGGGGGUGGCGGGGUGGGGGGCACCGUGGGCACCCCGCUGGGCUCUGGCUGAGCCCAGACC